AUAUUCAAACGAUGGUGUGAUCAGGGUGUCAUGGUGGUCAUGGCGUGAUUAUAUGAAAGGUAGUCGAAGAUGUCAAAAAUGGCGAAUGAUAAUUUGAGUGCAGUUUUAUACGAAAUUGAUGAUUUGCGUAUGGAGCAACGCGAAAUACGGAAGCCGAGCAAAGGAGAAGUUCAAAUUGAAGUACAUUCAGUUGGCAUUUGUGGCUCGGACGUGCAUUAUCUCCGAAAAGGGAGAAUCGGUGAUUUUAUUGUCACAGCCCCAAUGGUCCUUGGCCAUGAAACCAGUGGAAUUGUUAGUGCUGUGGGAGAUGGUGUGACUAAACUGAAAAUUGGUGAUCGUGUGGCAGUUGAACCAGGUUACCCUUGUCGAAUGUGUGAUUUCUGUAAGACAGGUCGAUAUAACCUGUGUGCUGACAUGAAAUUUGCUGCAACUCCACCAUUUGAUGGUACUCUUUGUCGAUACUAUUGCCAUCCUGCAGAUUUCUGUUUCAAGUUACCAGACUCGGUAAGUUUUGAAGAGGGAGCAUUGCUUGAACCAUUGUCUGUUGGUGUGCACGCAUGUCGACGUGCUGGAAUAACCAUGGGUGAUACUGUUUUAGUGUGUGGUGCAGGUCCCAUUGGAUUGGUUAAUUUACUUGUUGCUAAAUCAUGUGGUGCAAGCCAGGUUGCCAUUACAGACUUGGAUGAAAAGCGACUCAAAGUUGCUAAGGAUUUGGGUGCAGAUCAUGUCAUUACUGUUGAAAGAGGAAAAACGGCAAAAGAAGUUGCAUCAAAAGUAAAGAAAUUGCUGGGAAAAGCACCAAAUAAGGUUAUUGAAUGUACAGGAGCUGAAUCAAGUAUUAUCACUGGAAUAUAUGCAGCAGAAUCAGGGGGAGUGGUUGUUAUUGUUGGAAUGGGAAAACCAGAAGUCAAGAUGCCCGUUAUUGAUUUUCUUGCUAGAGAAGUUGAUAUUCGUGGAAUUUUUCGAUAUGCAAACUGCUACCCUACUGCUUUGUCCCUGGUGGCAUCAGGAGCUGUGAACGUUAAACCACUGGUAACCAAUCGAUUUAAACUUGAGGAUAGUGUGAAAGCCUUUGAAGCUGCUGAGCGUGGUGAAGGAAUCAAAGUUAUAAUUAAGUGUAAAAGAGAUGAUGACAAUUUCGAUUUUCUUGCAAAAUCAGGGUUGGACAGAGGGAAAAAAAGAAAAAUUAUUGAUGAAAAUACUUUAUAAUUCCUUUUUUUUAUUGUUUAUUUGUUGGUAAAUAAUGAACUUAGCUUAGACCACCCCAACUCCCCACUAAAAUUAUUUUAUCCUUAGUUAAUGCCUGCCUGUGCAUGGGGGGGUUGUUAAUUUGUGAAUUUACAUACGUCAAACAUGCAAAUUAUUGAAUUGAAAUGAUUUUAAAGGAAUCAUUUCUGUAAUAGCAACUCUUUAAAUGAAGUAGCGUAUUUUGAGUAAUUUGUCUGUUCUUCUCAAUUGUAAGGAAAAUGUUUUACGUUCAUAGCCUUUAAUACAAUAUGUACCUCACUCGUUUAAAUGUAGAUUUAAGAAUGUUCAGAGUUUAGACACUUCAUGGUAUUAAUUAUUAACAUGAUACUUGGCAAACACUUGUCUAAUCAAACGUAGUUGUUAGCUAUGUAUUCAACUGUAAAUUACUUAGUCAAUAUACUUGAAAAUAUUACAUGAAAUGCGCAACAUUAAUUUUAAAA